AUGGCUUUAUCGCGGUGCCCAUACGAGACACUUUCGCUUACACGAAGUGCAACAAAGGAAGAGAUCCGCCGUGCAUACCGGCGAGAGGCACUUGCAAAUCACCCGGAUAAAGUCCCGGAGGAGCGGCGCGCAGCGGCUGAACACCGCUUUAAAGAGGUUAAAGAGGCGUAUGAAGUGUUAUAUGAUGGUAAGUAUAUAGAGAGAUACAUUUUUUUUCGAAAAGAAGCAAGAAAAAGGCAAGAUAGUCAAGAUAUACUGAAAAUUAAGACGGGGGCUAAUGGAGUAGACAAUAAGCGACGCUUGUUUGAUACGUAUGGACUGUCAUGUGCACCUCCAGAGAGAGAGGAAAGAGGCACAGAGUGGUUUGCAGCAGCACAGGAACAGUUUAUGGAGCACAUGUUUCCGCAGAGGACAGUACGGAUGUUUUUCCGGGAAAUGAGUGGGUUUCCGCGGUUCUCACACCAUAUUCCAUCAAGUAUAUUUGAAGAAAUGGGAUUCUCAACGAUGAAUGGUCGAUACAUGGACCCGUUUGACUUUUUUGAUGAGAUGUUUACAGAUACAUGGUUUCGGUGGUAG